AUGCACCAUGAUUUCUCCCCUCUGAUUGUUCAUCGAGAUAUAUCAAGCAAGAAUAUUCUUCUGGAUUUAGAAUAUGUGGCUCGUGUCUCCGACUUUGGAACAGCUAAGCUUCUUAAUCCUAAUUCAUCAAAUUGGACCUCUUUUGCAGGCACCUUUGGAUAUGUUGCUCCAGAACUUGCAUACACAAUGGAAGUGAAUGAGAAAAAUGAUGUGUAUAGUUUUGGAGUAUUAGCAUUGGAAAUACUUUUUGGAAAACACCCUGGAGAUAUUGUAUCUAAUUCUUUACAAUGGAUUAUCAUGGGAUCAACACUUGAUACUAUGCCAUUGAUGAAUAAGUUGGAUCAACGUCUCUCUCGUCCGGUGAAUCGUCGACAAGCUAAGGAGUUAGUAUCUAUUGCAAAGACAACAAUUUCUUGUUUGGUUGAUAUUCAACAAUCUCGCCCUACAAUGGAACAGGUUUCUAGGGAACUUUUAAGUGUGUAGUCUUCUUCAAUGGAUAUAUAUGCUUAAUUGUUAUUUUUGAAUUUUAGAUGUGCUAUCAUUUUCAAUAAUAUUUUUGG